CAGAGAGAGAGAAGCAUCCACCUCCCGUCUGCCUCUCGGCAUUGACUCCCAGAGAGUUUUUCAGGCGCGGCUUUAAUGUUUUGCUCGACAUGCCACCUCACAUGGAUUACUUUUACCACGAGUCCCGAGUCCCCUCCGCGUGCGCGCUGACCCGGGAGGAUGAGCUGGACCCCGGGGUCAUCAGUUGCAUGCUGGUCGGAGACGGAGCCGUGGGGAAGACCAGCAUGGUGAUCAGCUACACCACCAACGGAUACCCCACAGAGUACCAGCAGACCGGCUUCGAUGUCUUCUCUGGUCAGGUCCAAGUAGAGGGAUCUCCAGUCAAAGUUCAGCUGGUGGACACUGCCGGACAGGAAGAGUUUGAUGAAUUCAGAGCCCUGUCCUAUUCCCACGCCGACGUCUUCCUCCUGUGCUUCAGUAUGGUCAACCCCACCUCCUUCCACAACAUCACCAAGAAGUGGGUUCCGGAGAUCCGGGCGUCGAACCCGUCCGCUCCCAUCGUCCUGGUUGGGACUCAGUUGGACUUGAUGCUGGAUGUGAACGUCCUCAUUAAUCUGGACCGAUCGAAUGUCAAGCCGGUCCUGAGCUCGCGGGCCCGCAGCAUGGCGGAGAAGAUCAGGGCAUCGGACUACAUAGAGUGUUCCUCGCUCACACAGAAGAACUUGAAGGAGGCCUUCGACGCCGCCAUCUUCGCCGCCAUUAAGAACAAAACACGCAAGAACAAGAAGAGGAGGUUUUCAGACCGACGUACCAAAGCGUUCUCCAGAUGCAGCUGGAAGAAAUUCUUUUGCUUUAUCUGAACACGGACUGUUAACCCUGUGGGUUGAACUUUUAAUUUAUUAAACUACUGAUUCCCUUCACUGCCAACACAUAUCAAAUCCGUGUUUGCAUUAACGUGUUUGUCUGCUGGCCCAAUCUACAAAGGGAAACAAAGAGGCGAAAAACAAUGAGCGGUGGGAAGUUACAGAGAGGAUUCUGCAUCUGAUUUCACACUCGGUCAGACUUACUCACGACUGCAGUUUUGUGUUUACACUACAUUCAAAUAUUUGAAUAGUCCAGAGUAACCUGAGACAAUCCGGUCAAUAUACUGUGUGUAUGCUUCGAGUUUCACGCAUCACUGACAUGAGACUUCAGGGACGGGAGCAACGAGAAGAGGUAUCAAAAGUAGGUGAACCUAUCCUGGGAGCAGCUGCAGAAAGGAGAAGCCACCUCCACGUUGCAAAACUCCACAUUUGCAUGCUUGGUGUUGCCAUCAACCGCUGCUCGUAUUGUGAGGUGAGGAGAAACAGAAAGGCUGUGUUUGAGCGGAUGGGCGUUAGCCGCUUGCUUCACUGUUGCGCUGCUGCUGUCUGGGUGCCAUCGCUCUAUUUAUAUCCAACAGCCGCACGUCCAGGUUGCAAUGCAAGGUGCUGCUGCAUUCUUACCUGCAUGUCAAGGCUUCCCGGGCUGGUUUGGUUGGGUAUUUUGUGGAGUAAACCCCAUGACGCUUACGUGAACAAUUCUGUCAUGUUAAAAUCGUGAUUUUUAUCGCCGCAGUGGAAAAUGUGUUUGUGACCAAUGAGAAAAACAACUUUAAAACCGCUCUUGUCUGAGGUGGAAAGUUGCAGCCGAGUGGUAACCUUCGGCUUUUUGUUCCUGUUUCUCAUCAAUCUGCAUCUGUAAAAGCAAGCUCUACAGGAGUCUUGACUUCCACACGGCUGGUCCUCCCACCUCCACCGACUCACUCUUUUCUUUGUUUUUGAGUUCAAUAUGCUCCCAAUCACCUCCGGAGUCCUUUGUGUGCGUGUUUGUGAGAGGAUAACGAACAGCCUUCCUGUGAAUGAACAAUGCCUUGACAACUUUGCGUACGUCAUAUUUUUUUUGCACUCCAGUGUUUUAUGAUCUGGCUGUUCUACAACCAAGGCUUUUCUAUGCUUCUUGUGGAAGUGAACUUAAAUUCUGUUUGUUAAACAGUUUUAUUGUCAGAUGGAUGCUUAUGAAAGACCAUUAAAGAACUGCAAAAUAGGCUGUGUUGCAUUUUU